AGUUCAGUGCGAGGGAAACUUGGGCCGUGUGUUUGAUGUCGGCCAGCAGUGAAUUUACACGAAUAGAUACAGUUGAGCUGAAACGAACUUUUGCUUGGUUCUUUUGUGCAAAAUAAUCCAGUGAUCUAUAGUGUGAUCUUUGCAUCUUGAGAGCAAUCAGUGAUCUUAAUUUUUUUUCACUACCAUUGAGUGAUUACUCUUGCCUAUGGAUGACUCUUGCAAUCAACCAGUAUUAGAAGGAUUCUCCAUUAAAUUGCUUCUGCAAGUCUUGUGAUCGUUAAUUUUUUUUUUUGCAAGUGAACAAUAAAAUACAAAAAGCAGAAAGUCUUAGAAACGGAAUAGAGAUAAACUGAGAGUGAUCAACGGAUAUAUUGGAUUAUAAACGUACAUUCAGCAAGAACUUUAUUGUUCGUGAAAUAAAAGGUGAAAGAAAAGAAAAGCCAUGGCAUCGGGCAGACGGAAAAUAUACCAAUUAGUUUUCCUCGGAAUAUCCUUGUACCUACUAAAUCCCAUACCGGGUGUGGAUGGUGUGAGAGUACAAACCAAACAACGGGUAAAAGACACACUAGACAAAUCGGAUCAGUCAACAGCUGCACAGACGUGGUGGGGCCACAAUGUUCCACCGACGGAUAACAAAUUCUUCUCCGCCACGCAUGGUCUGGUGCAGACCCACCCGUCCCUCAGUGGUGGUAUCCCCCGACCAGCGGGUACCCUCAGACCAUCCAGUCCCACAUUGGGCACCAAUCUACCUCCGGCGCCCAAUGUAAACCCCAAGUCGCCAUUCCGCCAUCUCGACUUCACAAAUAGCGCCACGGCGGAGCUGCGACGCAAUCCUAGUCUUUCGGCGCCUGAUGAGUGCGCCCGUGCAUGUCGAGAGGGUGAACCACCCAGAAUCUGCUACUAUCACUUCACAUUAGAAUACUACACUGUACUUGGGGCUGCGUGCCAAGUAUGUACACCAAAUGCCACCAAUACAGUGUGGAGCCAUUGCCAGUGCGUCUUGGCGGAUGGGGUCGAGCGUGGUGUAUUGACAUCCAACCGGAUGAUACCUGGGCCCAGUAUUCAAGUCUGUGAGAAUGACAAAGUCGUCGUUGAUGUGGAGAAUCAUAUGGAGGGCAUGGAGGUCACGAUUCACUGGCACGGCAUCUGGCAGAGGGGAUCACAGUACUACGAUGGUGUGCCAUUCGUUACCCAGUGCCCCAUUCAGCAGGGAAAUACCUUUAGGUAUCAAUGGACAGGAAAUGCAGGCACACAUUUCUGGCACGCCCACACUGGCCUGCAGAAAUUGGACGGUGUCUAUGGUAGUAUAAUUGUCCGGCAGCCACCAUCGCGAGAUCCCAAUUCGCACCUGUAUGAUUUUGAUCUCACGACCCACAUCAUGUUGAUCAGUGAUUGGUUGCACGAGGACGCAGCUGAGCGGUAUCCGGGACGAUUGGCCGUGAAUACGGGGCAGGAUCCCGAGUCCCUACUCAUAAACGGCAAAGGCCAAUUUCGUGACCCAAAUACCGGUUUCAUGACGAACACACCUUUGGAAAUUUUCACAAUUACACCUGGUCGCCGGUACAGAUUCCGCAUGAUUAAUGCUUUCGCGUCAGUGUGCCCAGCACAAGUUACAAUUGAAGGACACAGCCUAACUGUCAUUUCCACCGACGGGGAACCCGUUCAGCCCGUCCAGGUCAAUACGAUCAUAUCUUUCUCAGGUGAACGGUAUGAUUUUGUGAUAACAGCUGAUCAGCCUGUGGGAGCUUACUGGAUUCAGUUGCGCGGUCUUGGGGAGUGUGGCAUUAGGAGGGCGCAGCAGCUUGCCAUAUUGCGAUAUGCAAGAGGACCCUACCAGCCCGCCUCACCGGCGCCCACCUACGAUGUCGGCAUUCCGCAAGGAGUGGUAAUGAACCCACUAGAUGCACAAUGCAAUAGGAGACGUGACGACGCCAUAUGUGUGAGUCAACUGAAAAAUGCCCUCGAAAUUGAUCGUGGCAUUCUGCAAGAGAAGCCAGAUGUGAAGAUUUUCCUGCCUUUCCGCUUCUACCUCUAUCGCCCAGAGGAGCUUUUCCAACCGAACACCUACAAUAGGUUCUUAGUUGCACCAACCGGAGAUCAUGUUAUUUCGCUUAUUGAUGAAAUUUCCUACCUCUCCGCACCUGCACCACUUCUUUCGCAAUAUGACGACAUCAAUCCUGAGCAGUUCUGCAAUGGUGAUAAUAGACCAGCUGAUUGUGGUCCAAAUUGCAUGUGCACACACAAAAUUGAUAUUCCCCUUAAUGCUAUUGUGGAAGUCGUUCUCGUUGAUGAAGUUCAACAACCAAAUUUGAGCCAUCCAUUCCAUUUGCACGGCUAUGCGUUCAAUGUAAUUGGUAUUGGCCGAUCGCCCGAUACAAAUGUUAAGAAAAUCAAUUUGAAACAUGCAUUGGACCUUGAUCGGCGUGGUUUGCUCCAUCGUCAGUACAAUUUGCCACCAGCUAAGGAUACAAUUGCCGUACCAAACAAUGGCUACGUAGUACUAAGAUUUAGGGCUGACAAUCCAGGUUUCUGGUUAUUCCACUGUCAUUUCCUAUUCCAUAUUGUUAUUGGAAUGAAUCUUAUCCUGCAAGUCGGAACACAUGCCGACCUUCCACCUGUUCCACCAGGUUUCCCAACAUGUGGCGACCACACACCGCCAAUUCCUAUCAAUUAAAAUUCGCCUCUAAAUCCAUCAUUUUUACUGUUUGAAAAAUCUUUUUUUUUUUAAUUAAGUACCAUGCAUUUUCCCCCCAUCCAUUCUUUCGAUUGCAUUUUACAUUCAAACGCGUAUUUAAAGAAGCAUUCUUCUGAUAUACAUCAUACUCUCCCUGCUCCUUGCCCCUUUCCUCCCCCAUUCCUUCGAGCAAUCCUUCAUUAAAACCCAUUGAUAUGAACCUUUUUUUAAUUAUCAUUUAGAUGCGAGCAAAAAGGCAUUUUUUUUACCAUAGAUAUUUUUGUUAUUUAGAUAAAAAAGUAAUUUAUUGAGAAUUAUUAUUCUCACUUUCAUUUAUGAUUUAAAUCUCAUCGCAAUAAAUCGUUUUUUUUUUUCGUUUAAAUAUUUUAUGCACAAAAAAGUUCAUAUAUAAAUUUUCUCGCCAUAUGAUGUAUAUAUGUAUCUUAUUCAUUUUAGUAGCUAAUUUAACAUCAAUUUCAUUAUACAUUGGAUACAUAAUGUUUUAUACAUAUAAAAUGUAAAUUAAGAGUGUCUUCUUUUACACACAUUAUUUUGGUAUUUUCCAGUGAAAUGUUAUUUAUGGAUAAUGCAUUGUUGUAUAAAAAAAAAUCCUUUUCAUCACAAAUCAUUUUGGUGUUUAAUCGAGAAUUAGAAUAACUUCUUUGUAAAAAAAUAAAGGAAUUCUCGUGCAAAAAAUGUAAAUAAUUUGUGAGAAAGUGAUUUUCUUAGGCGAAACAGUAUUUUAUGUUUUUGUUUUAAAAAUUAGUUUAAAAAAAAGAACACUCAUCGACAUUUAAAAAAAAACGUUGAACAAAAUAUAAAAAUGUAAAUAAUUUUUACACACAAAAAAAUCAUUAGAAUAUUCUGUAAAUAAUUUUACACAAAUUUUUACAGAGAGAAAUCAUUUUAUUUUUGAAAAGAAAAAAAAACUUUAUGAACUUGCAACGACAAACAACAUAACAAAAAAUGAUAAAUCAACAGACAUUGAACAUAAAAUCAAUCUAGUCUGAAAAAAGUAAAACAGCAAAAAACACAUUUUUAAUUUUAAAAUAAUUUUAUUGCAAUUUAAUAAUAACAAAUUUGAAAUGAUUUUGUUGUUCAAAGUAGAUUUAUAUGUAAAAAAAAAACAAAGAUGAAUUUCUUGCAAUUACUUGCCAAUUUAAUAGUAAAAAUUUUCUUUUUAUGCUGCUGCGAAAUUUUCAAGCCUGACAUUUGUUUUUGAAAGAAAUUUUUGUUCGUUGAUUUUUCUCAUAAGACGAAGGAAAAAAUACUCAUCAAAAUGUCUAAUAUGCUAUAAGGAUACCAUUAUUUAAUGAGAAAGAGUGAAUAUUUAAGGCAUAUUCAUUGAGAAAUGUAAAUAAAUGUGAAAAA